AUGUUUAGGUAUGUUGCCAAAGUUUCUGCUUCGUCCUCAUCUAAUGAGAAUGUUGGUUCUUAUAUUAUUACAACUGUGGAAGAUGAGUUCCUCAACAAAGGAGAUUUCAUGCUCAUUGGUUUACUUGGAACCAUAUUAGAGAAAAAGAAGGUGUUGGUUAUUGGCAUAGUCACGGCCAUAUGCACUGAUAAGCUUUGGUAUUACAAUGGUUAUAACCACUGCAAAUCACGUGUCGAGGAUAGAUUUGUAACCAAAGAGGGUGAUGACGGUUCAUGUGAUGCUGCUGAAACAAAGGCUUUGGUUUGUACCAACAAUGAAUGUCAAGGAGUAGACAUUUAUGCAAUUCCGCGUUUCAAGAUACCUAUUAGGGUCCAAGAUUCAUCUGGUACUGUUUCAUUAACGCUGUUUGAUUAUGAAGCUUUCAAAAAUUUUAAGAAAUCGGCCAAAGACUUACUUGCUGUCCAAGAUCAGGUUGUUAAUUACGGUGAGAUACCCAACCCCUAUCCUGAGGUAUUUGACACAUUGGUUGGAAAGAAAUAUGCGUUUGUCAUAAAUAUUAGCGACUAUAACAUUGAAUAUCAAGUUGAGAACUACGGUAUUGCAAUGGCAACCAACGAUGAUGAUAUUAUUGCUGCUCUAUACUCCAAAUUCAACAUUAACCAGCAUGAGCAGUCGGAAUCGUAUGGUGUUCCUUUGUCCGCCAGCCUGUCUAAUGCUUGUGAGGUUACUAAGGAUGAUGUGUCAUUCACCGGUGACAAUGUUACGCCUAUCUCCAAUGGAGCUGGAAGCAGUAAGAAGGCGUCUUCUUGUGAAGUAAAACGUAAUCUUGGUGAAGUUUAUGAAUUAGAUGAUGCAUUACGUUGUUCUUCUACAAAGCGCCGCAUGAGUGAUGAAAUCAUCGAAGAUGAAGUUGUUGGUCUUUCUAAGACAUUGAUUCCGAAGACUGAGAAAUAA